GCGGGCGGCCGCCGCUCCGCUGGCCCAAGCGCCGGGCGGGGGGCGAAGUUCGGCACGGCUCCGCUCGCUUAGGAGGGAGGCGGCCGGGCCGGGUGCUGGGCGGCUGCCGCUCGGUUGCCCUCCCGCCCCUCAUCAAGCUUUGAUGAGACACUUGAGCCGCCGCCGCCUGCGUUGCCGGGGCGGCGGAAGGCGGCCGGAGGCACCGGGCGCCCGCGAGAGGAUGUGACUGCCCGGAGGGGAGCGGCCAGCCUUUGUGUGGACGACGGAGUUCCACCAAGUUAGAAGAGUGAUGACCAUCCUUUUCCUUACUAUGGUUAUCUCAUACUUCAGUUGCAUGAAAGCUGCCCCGAUGAAAGAAGCUAGUGUAAGAGGACAAGGCAGCUUGGCUUACCCAGGUCUUCGGACCCACGGGACACUUGAAAGCCUAAAUGGGCCCAACGCUGGUUCAAGAGGACUGGCGUCGCUGGCGGACACUUUUGAGCACGUGAUAGAGGAGCUUCUAGAUGAGGAUCAGGACAUCCAGCCCAGCGAGGAAAACAAGGAUGCGGACUUGUACACAUCCCGAGUCAUGCUGAGCAGCCAAGUGCCUUUGGAACCCCCGCUGCUUUUUCUGCUUGAGGAGUACAAAAACUACCUGGAUGCUGCAAACAUGUCCAUGAGAGUCCGGCGUCACUCUGACCCAGCUCGCCGUGGGGAACUGAGCGUCUGCGACAGCACGAGCGAGUGGGUAACGGCGGCGGAGAAAAAGACUGCAGUGGACAUGUCUGGUGCGACCGUCACAGUCCUUGAGAAAGUCCCGGUACCGAAAGGCCAACUGAAGCAAUACUUCUAUGAGACCAAAUGCAACCCCAAGGGGUACACAAAGGAAGGCUGCAGGGGCAUAGACAAGAGGCACUGGAACUCGCAGUGCCGAACUACCCAGUCUUAUGUGAGAGCUCUCACCAUGGAUAACAAAAAGAGAGUUGGCUGGCGGUUUAUAAGAAUAGACACUUCCUGUGUAUGUACAUUGACCAUUAAAAGGGGAAGAUAGUGGGCUCGUGUUGUACAGAUUAUAUUGAGACGAAAUUAUCUAUUUGUAUAUAUACAUAACAGGGUAAAUUAUUCAGUAAAAAAAUAAUUUUAUGGACUGCAUGUAUAACUGAAGUUUAUACAGUACAGUGAUUCCACAAUCUAUUUAUUGAACGUAUCCAUGACCUGAAAGGGAACAAAAGUCAAAGUCAUUUGCGCACAAAUUAAAAACAAAACAAAAACAAAAAAAA